AUGGAUAGAAAUAGAGAUUAUAGACAGAGAGAUAGAGACAAUGAAAGAGACAGAGAUAGGGAUAGGGAUAGAGACAGAGAUAGAGACAGGGAUAGAGAUAGGGAUAGAGAUAGAGAUAGAGACAGAGAUAGAGAUAGAAACUACAAUGAGAGAGACAGAGAUAGAGAAAAUGAUAGAGACAGAGACUACACCAAAAGAGAUAGAAAUGAUGAUAGAAAUAGAGAUAGAGAUAGGGAAGUAACUGACAGAUAUAAAGAUAGUGAGAGAAAUGGAGAUAGAGAAUACAAUGAAAGAGACAGAGAUGCUGAUAGAAAUAGAGAUAGAGAAAGAGAGAGAGAGAGAGACAACGAUAGAACCUCUGAAAGAGGAAGGGAUAGAGACAGAGAUAGAGAUAGUUAUCAUAGAGACAGAAAUAUAGAUAGAAAUAGAGAUAGAGAUAGAGAAUAUAAUGAAAGAGACAGAGAUGCUGAUAGAAAUAGAGAUAGAGAUAGAGAUAGAAAUAAAGAUAAUGAAAAAGAGAGAUAUGAUUACUCAAAAGAUAAUAAAUACAAGACAAACGAUGAAGAUGGUGGUAGCUCUACAAAGAGAAAUGGCGGUGGAGGUGGUGGCUAUAAGAGCUAUGGAAAACCAUCCGAAGAAUAUUUGGAACACAGAAGAGAGAUGAGAGAUAACACAAAAGGUAAUUCUAUAUUCGCUAGAUCACCUUCACCACCAAAAGACAGGAAGAAAGACAAAAAUAAGGGAUCCGAAUCGAAAUCUUUGAAAAGAGCAUCGUCAAGGUCAAGAUCAAGAUCAAAAUCAAAAUCGAGAUCACCUUCACCAACAUCCAACAACAAAUCUAAAUCAACCUCAACUUCAUCGACUACAUCAACUUCCAGCUCAUCAUCAUCAAAAGAUAAACAGAGAUCAAGAUCAAAAUCAAGGUCUAGAUCAAGAUCACCAACUAAAUCAUCCAAAUCACAUAAAAAGAAAAAAAGAAGUAGAUCACUUUCAACUUCAGAUUCCGACAAUUCUUCAUCGGACUAUAGUGAUAGUGACAACAGUUAUAGCGAUUCUUCAAAUGACGACGACGACAAAGACGAUAGAAGAAGUAAAAAGAAGAGUAAAAAGAAACAUCACUCAAGUAGUAAAAAGAAAAAGAGUAGAAAGAGUAAGAGUAAGAGUAAAAGUAAGAGAAGAUCUGAUGAUGAAGAUAAUUCAGAGGAAGACUCAUCGAUGUGGAUGGAAAAGGCAGAGGAACAACCAUUGGUUGACACUCAGGUCGGUCCAAAACCACUGCCUCAGGUUGCCGUCGGUAGCUACGGUGGUGCUAUGAUGCCCGGUGAAGCCGAUGCAAUCGCUCAGUUUGUACAACAGAAUAAGCGUAUCCCACGUAGAGGUGAGGUCGGUCUCUCCAGUGAUCAGAUUCAAGGUUUUGAAGAUGCCGGUUACGUAAUGAGUGGUUCCCGACACAGACGUAUGAAUGCCGUUCGUAUAAGAAAGGAAGGACAAGUCUACAGUGCCGAAGAGAAACGUCAAUUCGCAAUGAUGAACAAAGAAGAGAAAGCAAAGAAGGAGAAUCGUUUGAUAUCCGAUUUCCGUCAACUAGUUAAUUCUAAAAUCCAAGAGAAUGAAGAAAAGUAA